GUUAUAUGUUACAGAUAUAUGGCCCUACUCCAGCAGUACGAGGCCAUGUCGUUAUAUGUUACAGAUAUGUGGCCCUUCUCCAGUAGUACGAGGCCAUGUCAUUAUAUGUUACAGAUAUAUAGCCCUACUCCAGCAGUACGAGGUCGUGUCGUUAUAUGUUAUAGAUAUAUGGCCCUACUCCAGCAGUACGAGGCUGUGUCGUUUGGUGACUCGUUGUUUGGCUGUUAUAUACUGCUUCCCCUACAACAGAAACAUGUGAUACAGCUGAGGAGGGCUGUUUGGGUAGAAUACAGGGGAAUUCUGAGAACCUUGUACCUUCCCGUUAAAGAGUUGCUAGUCCCCAUUGAGGGUUUCCUUGUUCCUGAAGAGUCGGACACAGAGCUACUCCGACUUUAUCUGGAGGGCUUGUUGUCUGGGAGUGUCCAGCCUCGCUGGUGUCCAGUACUGUAUCUCACCUCCGUCCAUCAUGUCAACCGAUUCUGUUACACCCAAGACGGCAAGCACAUCCAGCUCAAACACAACAUGCUCCGAGACACUGUCAGUUGUCAGAGGCCGGAAGUGAAACAGCACCUAUUGUUCUACAAAACUGCCGAUAUUUCAAGGAAUUAUGGGAUGGAACUGUAUGACACUCUGCCACCGUCACGACAGAAGUUGAUGCAGGACAUUGAACAAAGCUUAAAUAAAGCCUAGCAUAUAUAUAUAUAGCAAAGGCUACGUGGGAAUACUCACAAUGUUGAUGUUUACAGGGAAUGGAUGUUUACGUGAAUCAUAUGGAUGUUUACUGAAACAUGGAUGUUUGUGGUCAAGUGUUAUGAUAGUCCGAAUUAUUCUGACGUUUUAUCGACUUUUUUGUAUAUCGGUCUGUCGUCAAUUAAUUAAUCGACGACAGACUGAUAUAAAAAAAGUCGAUAAAACGUCAGAAUAAUUCGGACUAGUGUUAUGACUGUUUUCUGUGGAUGUUUUGAUUGAAUGAUUUGGUUCACUACAGCCAACUGAAUUGAAAAGAGUGCAAUAUGUUGGAAAUUAUUUUACUCUCAGUUAAUUCAUUAUUACAUUAGUUUUAUUUUUCACUCACAAGACAGAUUUUCAGUGACGUAUUAAAAGUGUAUAAGGAAUCUGUUUGUGAUUGAUUGAGACAAAGAAAUCUUGACAUGUCCCAUCACACAUCGGGGGUGGGGGAUGUGUAUUUCACUGUAAUAUAGACAUGUGACAAAAAAAGUGCUGAUGAUUAAAACAUUAAAAUUUUAAAAUCUUAAAUCAAUUUUGUCGAUUCUAUAUUAUAUUAUAGAAAGUGACUUUAUUUUCAUGAGCUCAUCAAACCCCCACCCCCUCUGUGAUAGUAAGCAAGUGAACCAGCGUUGAUUACCUUUCCAGUAUCCAGGGGCUGUUCUAUAAAUAAAUAUAGGAGAGGAGGUGGGUGGAACGUUUAGAGACCCAACAACCCAUCCAAUUUUGCUGAUACUUCUAAUAGUUGGCUAAUUUCAGAAAACCUACCAACCAAUAUUUAUCAAUGAAAGUGCCUUCCACCCCACCCCACCCCUCCCUUCCAUGUGUUUCUGAAAUAGCUUAGUUAGCAACAUAUAUGCUAAAUUUAGAUUACAGUAGCUAUGCCACCUGCAAUAAAGUUAGGGUGUAUACAGGAUCCGGGUUGUCUGUUUGAUUGUCCUUCCAUUCAUCUGUCCAUCUGAUGUUUUUCUGUAGACAAUGUUGUUCACCCCAAUUCUCCCAAAGUUCUACACUGAUUUUAAUGAUAGUGCCCAGAACCCAUUCAUCCUGGAGAAUGUGAAUAAAGUAUACACAUUGGAGUCUCCUAUAUACAGAGUUAUUCCUGUUUGUUUAAAAGCAUUGCUUGCACUGCUUCCAAAUUGCUGCACAGAUUUGAAUGCUAUUUGGUACAUAACACUUAUAUUGAGGAGAUGAGAGUAAAUAAAAUGAAGUUACCUCCCCUUUUUAUGGAGUUAUGCCCCUUCCUUGAAAAAAAAUGCAUGUUAAUCCUGUCACUUUUAACCUUCAUUCCCAACUAGAGAGACUGGGACAUUGCUGGGACAAUUUUGAAUAUAUAAACCGGGAACAGUGGGACAAGAUUGAUAAAGGCUGGAUUAAUGAUUCACGAAGCUUGAUGUUAGUUGUUUUGCUCUCGGCGUUAACUUCUUUAAGAAUCAGAAGUCAAAUUUGAAUAUGACAACAUAUUCAUCUAAAUAAUUGAGUUGUCAAUGCAUGGGAAUGUCUGGAAAACUAUGUGUAUCAUAUUACCCCUUAAUGUAAAAAAAUCUUCGUACUGUAAAUCAUUUCAUUUUAAUGAAUGUGGAUUUGUUUUACAAAUAGGGAUUCCCCCCCAUUUAAGGUUUCCACAGCUGUGCACCCCUUAAUAUUUUUUUACACUUAAGAAAUUUCUUGCAAUAACGUUAAACAGGCCACCUUAAAGAUCGUACAUUAAGUCAUAUUGGAAAAAAAAACAUUUAAAAAAUAUUUAAGAUUUAUUGGACUUUUACUUCAGUUAUUAUAAUGGUACGUAAUAACGUUAUUUUAGUCAAUAAUAAGGCAUUAAGAUGGUUGUGUUACAAAGUUAAUCAGCAUUAUACCAUGUCAAUCUCUUUUGCGACUCGGCUGAAUGCAUUAGUAUAUUUAUAUAUUUAGUUCAUGCUAAGUCCUUUUCGAGAAAAACGUUCCAGCAAAAGAACUUUGUUUUUCAACAUUAAUUAAUGUCCCAUCGAGGACAUUGGUGAAAUAGUUAGGGCACAGAUACUAGCCUCGUCUUUCAAUACACAUAAUAUGUGUAUUGACAAACGAGGCUAGUACCUGUGGUUGGGGCCAGUUAAUUUUCCAUAUGGUGGUCUCUAGUCCUCACGAAGAGAGAAUAUUUAUUCAGAUAGACAAGGCUGCAAGUUAAAACUAUGGCCAUUUUUUUAUGAACAUGAAACUAGUCUAAAUGUACCUGUACAAUCCAGAAGGAGGGAGCUUUCGGUUUUUUGUUGUAAAGGACGUUAGUGACGGUUAACCAUGAACGUUCAAGGUGUUUUGUCCUUGUAAAGAGUUGUCUUUCUUGCCCUAUCUGGCGGACGAUGUCUCUUGAUCUCAUCGUGGUUAAAGUGCUUGAAUGGAAGACUUUGCUUGAAAAAUAGAUGUUAACUUAAUAUAACUGAAAACGUGUUGGAAUUGAGGUCUUUGCUCGAAAAGUGAAAGAAAUGAAUAGAAAAGUGCUGGAAUACUUUAUCCAUAUUCCAUGGAAAGCGCUUGAACACUGAAGACAAUUAAUAUGAUCACAGAUCGUUCGAAUCCCUGAUCGGACAUAAAAAGGUACUUCACCAGCCAGACCACAUGAUUUUCUCCACAGUGUGAGUUAAGUUAGGUGGGGUGGACUUUUCGACAUGAGAGCGUUCCCUCCUUCUUGUAUAUAUAAUUAUUGGGGGUGUCAUUUUUACCGAAAAUCUAUCUAAACCCCUAAAACAUGUAAAACAACUCUGAACACCUAAGUUUAGGUCCAUGUAUAGUUGUAACAAAUUCUCAGGUUCCGGUGAUUUUCUCCGGGUACUCCAGUUUCCCCCCGUUUAAGACUCUCAGCACCUCUUUCCGUGCGAUAAUUCAAACUUAGUACACAUAUUGCGUACCAAUUAUACUGUAGCUCAGAGAGUUCGCAUUUCAGUAGUCUACAUGCAUUUUUGGUGGAGUUAAGCUCCUUUUAUUGCAAAAAAGGGCAUUGUGCGUGUAGUAAAUGCAAGAACGUUUUUUUAUUUUUUAAUCAUGCCAGAAGCAAUAAUGUUCAACAUAUAUUACGGGUUUUUCUGUCGAGUCUCCACUUUCCGCGUUUUGGCAUAUCACACUUGACAUAGCAACGCUGUUCAUCGUUUUUGCUGUUAAUUUUUUCUUGUUUACGCGAUUACUCAAGCUAAAACACUUUUCUUACUUUUAAAAGCGCCGAGCAGGCGACACAUCCACUCCUGUGUAAUUCUUGUUAGAUAAACCCACGCAUCAGUGCAUACAUUUCACUAGUCGAGUUAUUUACUGUUGCACAGGUCUGAGAUCAUGGCUGUUACUUUAUUUUGCAGGUUGUUGGAGACGUUUUGAUAUAAACAUUUGUCAGACAAUUACAAGAUAAUGUUCGAAUAAAGACGAGCUUAAAGUGA